AUGCACGAACGAAGAAACUACCGAGAGCGAAUUCCAGGUGACGUGAUGGCGUUUUCAGAUGCUCCUCCUCUUUCUUCUCCUGCUUCACCUUCAGCCAAUGCCGCCAAUGUCGCUAGGGUUGUCAAAUGCCGCCACCUGUUGUGCAUCCGUCGUGGGGAAACCGGAAGGCCGACGAAUUUAAGGAGCUGUGGUGGUUCGGGGUUGGACUGCUACCUCUCUUCUACAUGUCUUGUUGAUAACGUGCCGUUCCGAGAUAACGAAGCCGCUCCUAUCACUGCUGAUGCCAAUCCAAGCAUUGUUAUUAUUGGCUGUUGCGCCACUACCGUUGUCGCUUACCCUUGGUGGGUGGUUGGGUUUGUUUUGAUAGUAGAAGACGAGUGUGUAUGUGUGUGUAUUAUAUUAAAGUGA